AUGCCUUCUGAUCUAGAGGUUUCACUACAAACAGCAGCAUCGAGCUAUGGCAUCGAUCAUUUUUUAUCUGCCAUCAAGCGAACCCCCACCGUCUCAAGCAAUGAUGCACCUUUGCGGUUGAGUAAAGUGUUUAAGAAAAGAAAGAAAGCUACAGACAAAGAGGUGCCAAAAUUUGAUGACAAAAAGCCACUCGUGCUCCAACAGCCACUUGUGGCAACUACACAAGUGAUAUCUUUAUCGGAUCUUGUAUGUGCUGGUAAAGACAUCCCAAAAGACUUUUACCGAUGGAUGGCAUUCAACUGUCGCAUACUGCCUGAUAAUUAUACACACGAUGGUUCAGGGUUACUUGCUGACUUGCGGGCGAGCAUUGCCAUUGACACUGCACACAUUGACUGUAUUAUCUCAAAGAUCAAAACUGUGGUCCUUGUCUUUUGUCAAAACAACGACAGCGCUUGGGUGUCGGAUUAUAUGGAUGCGGCGGCUUCGCUUUUGCGCAUUGCACGCAGCUUGAACAUUGCUUCUGCACGUCAUCUGUUUCAGCAAAAGGGGGUAGCAAAAGAGCUGUACUCCGUCACACAUCCCGGCAUGGCCUGCAACUUACCAAAGCCACAUUCCAGACACACGACGCAGCACAUAUUUACAGGCGUCCGCUAUUAUGCGUAUCUGGUACGCGAAUUCGGUAUUCCAAUUGUUUGCUUGCCGACAAUGUUCAACCCACAAAUAAUGAACAAGAUUCCAGAAGACAAAUUCGUUGCCAUUGUCAGCUCGAUAGACAAGGUGACGCUCAAAUACAAACUCGCAUCUUUAUUUCGUCCCUUCAAGCCCAUAAUCCCGCUAAGCGUCAAAGAAAUAUUCGCGUUUGUGCAGCAAAUAAGUGAACAGCUUGAUUUGGAUACCCUAGAACCAUUUUGA